AUGCUUGGAUAUUCCAAUUCUGGUGCAAAUUUAUCUCCUCGACGAUCUACUUUGUCAUUGCCAUCUGAUCGCCUAAGUGUUUCUGUCAGGCCUCCUUUUGGAGUUGAUAGGUGCUUUCCUGUUACCUGGAGGAAAUGUAUGGCAUCCUCCUUGGAUGAACAAGGGCAUGGAGCUGCCAAUGCCAAGGUUUCAUGUCAUGGCCUCAUCAUCAAACUGAAAUCUGGAAGUACGCAAUUUGAUGGAAUGGUUGAGAUGCCAACCUCUGUUCAUAUGCACCAUGGAAAUGUUUAUAGUUGUAACUCUGAAUAUGUACACAGGAAACCAGUUCAUGCUGCUUGCAUAUCCUUAAUUUGGUGGAUGCUUUGUCUCUUGAAAGCUUAUUCUCACUUGGGUGUUGGAUCCAGGAUACCAGUGAUGUUUGGACUUGAGCAAGAAUACACCUUGUUGCAGAAAGAUGUUAAAUGGCCUCUUGGUGGCUAUCCUGGCCCUCAGGGACCAUACUACUGUGGUGUUGGUGUUGACAAAGCCUUUGGCCGUGACAUUGUUGAUUCACAUUACAAGGCUUGCUUGUAUGCAGGCAUCAACAUUAGUGGAAUCAACGGAGAAGUGAUGCCAGGCCAGUGGGAAUUCCAAGUUGGACCUACAGUCGGUAUCUCUUCCGGAGAUGAAUUAUGGGCUGCUCGGUACAUUUUGGAGAGGAUUACUGAGGUUGCUGGCGUUGUGCUUUCAUUUUAUCCUAAGCCAAUUCAGGGAGAUUGGAAUGGAGCUGGGGCGCACACAAAUUACAGUAAUAAGUCUAUGAGAAAUGAAGGAGGUUAUGAAAUCAUCAAGAAAGCAAUUGAAAAGCUUGGUGUGAGGCAUAAAGAACACAUUGCAGCCUAUGGAGAAGGAAAUGAGCGGAGACUCACAGGAAGACACGAAACAGCUGACAUUAAUACUUUCAAAUGGGGCGUUGUGAAUCGGGGGCUUCUAUUCGUGUCGGCCGCGACACAGAGAAAGAAGGAAAAGGGGAUUAAUGUCAAUCACUUCUAUGGAAAGCCUGAUUUCUAG